CCAAAUAUAGACUGGAUUUAGAUUUCCUUUUGUCAGGGGGUGUCACCUCAUCUACCAUAUAUAUAGUUUGUUUUUCUUUAAUAGCAUCAUUACUUCUGUAACCUCAGAGCACCUUCCACAAUACAUAUCCUCAUCUCAACAUCUGCUGCAAUGGGAGGAUCGCCAUCAAGCGAACCGCCGAGACCAGAGCCACUUCUCCCUAAUCCAUGGCGUGAAGUUGAAUUCAGUGAUGAUGCUUACAUGAAACUUCAAGAAGAAAUAAAAAACCACCAACCACACCCUAAGGCUUCCACAACAAAUAUUCUUAUUUCGGGCAAUGUGGGUUCCGGAAAGUCAAGCUUUCUGAAUUCUGUGCUCUCAGAGCUCAGGAGAGAAGAACUCAAUGGCAGAGUGCAAAACAUUGAAGCCGUGAGACCAGGUGCACAAACAAGCGUCACACAACAUCUAAAAUGCCACAAAUUCAUUGACAAGAUGAAAAUCUUUGAUACAGCAGGAUUUGAAUUGGAGAAAACAGUAAAUGCCACGAUAAUAUUAAAGAAGAUCAUAGAUGGUGAAGUGGCUGAAGACACAAAGUUUGACGAUAUUCUGAAAUCAAAAAUGGAAGGAGACAAAAUCCACUGUGUUGUGUUGGUUGUAUCACUUCAUACCGCUGAAAAUAUGCACCCAGCAUUGAUUCGGUUUUAUGAAGAAUUAAUUGGAAUGCUCACAGAGACUGGAGUACCAUGCCAGCUGCUUGUUACAUUCAUUGAUAAACUUGUUGAGAAAACUGAGGAUUUGAAAAGUCUGUACAUGAGAAGAGAUAUGAAACAAAAGAUUGAAAUGUUAGCAAAGGAGAUGAGAAUUUCAGUGAGCAACAUCCUUGUGGUUUCAAACUACUUUGAGGAGAUGAAAAUUAACCAAAUAAAAGGAACACUGCUGUUGGAGGCAGUUGGUCAAAUGCUGAUGGCUGCAAAACCCUUUCAAGAGAGAAUGUAGAGUAUCACAUAUCACACCUGAAGCACGCUGAGCCCAUUCACAAGUUUAAUUGUUUUACAAUUGGAGAAGGCUGUGGUCCCAGAUACAAAAAGUACCACCCAAACAGCUCUAUCACAGAGUUACUUUUUGUAUUUAUGAUUUUUUGUAUUAUGAAUCCUCUACUUGUAUAUUCUUUGUUAAAUCUAUAUAAAUAAAUUUAGAAUCAGACAUUUUUUCACCAUUUUUUUUCCCAAUUUGGAAUUGGCACUUCUUAUUAUUCAACCCCUACACUGACUGGGAGCGAUGAAGACAGGCGGUGGCAUAGCCCGUAUUCAAAGCAGGUUAUAGGGCACUACUGCCGUCAGCUUUGCAUAAACAGAAAAAAAUUAUCAAUAAGUGGCUUUGAAUUAUAACCUUCGCAUUAUAUGUUGGAAGUUCCUUUAACUGGUUCCUUAUUAAUAGCAGCUAAAAAAGCUAAAACUAACAAAUGUUCUUCGAUAAUGUAAAAGACGGGAAAAUCAUGAAUGAAAUGUGAAUGAUGUUUUUUGAAAUAAAUAAAUAAAAUCUGCUUUUGUUUCCUAUUUAUGCAGCACUUUCACUCAUGUUUGCUGUUGCUAUUGUAUUGUAUUGUAUUGUACUGUAUUGUAUUGUAUUGUAUUGGUCAGUCUGUCUAAUAAGGGGGCUCAUUCAAACACCUUUCAAAUGUAUUAACUUCAGGAUGUCCACAUUACUAACCACUGUAUUUGAAAAUCCCAUCUCAUACAUUUCCCAUGUACUGUAAUAUAGUUUCCCAUAAUCCAUUUUAUUUUUAAUAAUAAUAAUCCUUGUUUUAAAUCAGUUUGAUAUUGACAUGUUUGUGUCUCUCUAUACUAUGUUGGUUCCUUAUCUGUAUUAUGCAUUGCAGUUACAGGGUGGAAGAAUAAAGAGCUUGAUUGAUCCAAUGUCUGUUGCAAUCUUGUAAUUUCUGGGUACACCCACAGCAGCAAAAAUGUCACAAUACUAAUAGUAUUUUAUAAUUUAUAUGGUUUGCUUUUUGUUUGUUUGAAGUAUUACUAUGUAAUGUG